AUGCUACAAGAAAUUGAAAAAGAAGAGCAUGCAGAAGAUUUGAAAAUGAGUGUGCUACAAGCCAGUCAUUAUAUUGCUAAAAGUUGGAAAGAAGUUGAAGAUUUUUAUCAAACUACUGAUCCUGUGCUUAAUGAUAUUGCAAAUGCAAUUGAAAUUCUUGGCCUCCCCUACUCUAUGCAAGUUGAAGAAUUUUUGGAAAUUUCCGAUGAGAACAUUGUUUAUGAAGUUCUCUCAGAUGAAGAAAUUAUUAGAGAACUUGUUGAAACAUUCAGAACUAAUGAUCUAGCAUUUAUCAGCAUAGAAGGUGUGAAAGAUGAAGAUGAUAGUCCUGAAAUCUCUAUAGUCAGUAUUGAUACAGCAAAUACAAGCCUGAAAACUAUGCACACAUUUUUGCUUCAGCAAGAUGAUAUGGAGGAUAUUCUAGAAAAAAUUAAAAAAUUCAUUAAUAAAACAAAAAUGAGUCAAAUACAACAAAAUAAAAUCGAUCAAUUUUUUUAG